AUGGGUGUGCAGGGUUUUCAGGAGUAUUUAGAGAAGCGCUGUCCUGGGGCGGCGGUCCCCGUGGACCUCCUAAAGCUCGCCCGCACCGCGGCCCGCCAGCCUCCUCACCAUCAUCACCCUCACCACCACCCACAUCACCCCGGGCCCAUGCCUCCCCCGCCCCCGCCUGCCAGGAUCCUGAUCGACGCUGACUCCAGCCUGCAGCGCCUGUACGGCGGCUACCAAACGGACUGGGUUUGCGGAGGCGAGUGGAACGCCAUGCUGGGCUACCUGGCCGCCCUGUCACAGGCCUGUCUGUACCAGGGUGGCCUGGAGCUCGUCGUGGUUUUCAACGGCACUCUGGGGAAGGAGCGCUGGCCCGAGUGGGCGCGGCGAGCUCAGGGCCAGCGACAGACGGCGCAGCUGAUAGUCAACCACGUCGGCAGCAAGGCCACCCCGCCUCCCCGGGCAUGGUUCCUGCCCCCGGCUUGCCUCAGCCACUGCGUCCGCCUCGCCAUGUUCCGCUUCCGAGUGCGGGUUGUACAAACGUUGGAGGACCACCACCAGGAGGUGCUGUCUCUCUACAGGGACUACGGAUUUUCUGGCCUGAUUGCUCAGGACUCUGAGUUUGCCCUCUGCAACGUUCCCGCCUACUUUUCCUCACAUGCGCUUAAACUGAGCUGGAACGGAAAGAACCUGACCACACACCAGUACCUGCUGUCUGAGGCUGCCAGGCAGCUCGGACUGAAGACACACCACCUGCCACUGUUUGCUGCUCUGCUGGGAAAUCAUAUUCUGCCUGAUGAGGAUCUGGCUGCCUUCCACUGGAGUCUGCUGGGACCAGAACACCCACUUGCUUCACUCAAGGUGCGAGCCCAUCAGUUGGUGCUGCCGCCCUGUGAGGUGGUGAUCAAAGCCGUCUCUGAAUACGUCUCCUCCAUCAAAGACCUGGGAAACCUCGACUCCAUCGCUAGAGAUGUCUUCAAACAGUCACAGUCACGAAUGGAAGACAAAGUGGAGCGCUUCAAGAAAGCUGUGGAUUACUUCUCAGCUGCAUCUAAACCACGCUCACCCAACAUGGGGCCCUCCCCUUUCAUCUUACCUGGGUUUGGACCCAUUCCAUUUGGGGGACCACCUGGCCACAUGGGACCGAUCCCACUUGGAAAGAAUCAGUUUCCUCCGCCGCAGGGCCCAGGGUUUAAGCCACCGUAUCAGAACGCUCCAUACGGACCUCCCUCUGCACCCCUCUUUCACCCACCUCAGCAGCCGGCCCAAGACUGCAACGACUCACUGACAGGCAAGAUGGGCUUCGCCGAUUGGUCGGCCCCGUACGAUUCCACACAGGGUGGAAAUCGGCUGCCCAACCAUCACACCAGCACUCAGUCUGGUCCCUCCCCCUCUCCUUCCUCAUCAUCAGAUGGAGAUGAACCCAAUGACAGUAACGCUAAUCAUCUGACAGACAAGUCCUCUCGGUGGGAGGACCCGGCCGGCAGAGGGGCCCCGGCUUCUGGAGACGGUUCUCAAGGCAACGGGAGCGGGUCGAACAUUCCGUCACUGUUGUCGAUGGCGACGCGGAGUCACAUGGACAUAACCACACCCCCACUGCCUCAGGUCAGUGCUGAGGUUCUUCGUGUAGCCGAACACAGACACAGAAGAGGGCUGAUGUACCCCCAGAUUUACCACAUUUUGACCAAGGGAGAGAUGAAGAUGCCAGUGUGUAUAGAGGACGAGUGUAACUCCGAGCUGCCUCCUGCCUCCCUGCUGUUCCGAGCUGCCAGACAGUACGCGUACGGCGUCCUUUUUAGUCUGGCUGAAACGCACCGCCGCCUGGAGAGACUCGCCCUCCGCAAGAGGACUCCCCUAGAAGUUCCUCCAGUGAUCGUCAAAGAGUGGAGCAGCGGCAAGGCCAAGUCAGCCCUGACGCCGGAGCUGGUUCCAGCUCUGUGUUUCAGAGAGUGGACCUGCCCGAACCUGCGCCGGCUCUGGCUGGGCCGUGCCAGCGAGGACCGCUCAAGGAGAACCAGAGCCUUUCUGGCGUGUCUGCGCUCCGACUGCCCGGCACUUCUAAACCCAGCACAAGUGCCCCAACACCUGCUGCUCAUGUGCUGCGUGCUCAGGUAUAUGAUGCAGUGGCCUGGUGGACGGAUCCUUCAGAGACACGAGCUCGAUGCCUUCCUGGCCCAAGCUGUUUCCAGCCAGCUCUAUGAGCCCGACCAGCUGCAGGAGCUCAAGGUGGAGAAGGUGGACGCCCGCGGCGUGCAGCUGGCUGCUCUCUUUAUGGCUGGCGUUGACACGGCGCUAUUCAUCAAUGAUGUCUGCGGCCAGCCGUUGCCAUGGGAACACUGCUGCCCCUGGGGCUUCUUCGACGGCAAGCUGUUCCAGAGCAAACUGGCCCGGGCCGCCCGCGACCGUGCCGCCCUGCUGGACAUGUGCGAGGGGCAGGAGGAGUUGGUGUCGAAGGUUGAGAAGAUGCGCCAGGCGAUCCUCGAGGGCAUCAACCUCUCUCGUCCUCCUCCCCCUCCACCUCCUCUUCCACCUCCUGCCUUCCUGCCCCCUGCCAUGGUGCCCCCUUUCUACCCAAUGCCUCUCUACCCACCUCGCCCCAUGGGUGGCAUGCCCCCACAUCACCCGCAUCAUCCACAUCACCCCGGCCAGCACAGACCCAGAGCUUUCCCAGGCAUUCAAUCCAUUCCCCCUCAGGGAGGAAAACUGGAGAUAGCUGGCAUGGUGGUCGGCCAGUGGGCUGGAAACAAGCCUCUCCGUGGCAGAGGGGGUUUUAACAUGCAGGUGGUCUCAGUGGGAGCAGGAAAAGGGAGGGGUAAGGAGAUUCCAGGAAAAGUAAAAGGAGGGAAAAAACCAGCUGCCAACAGAACACAGACAUCGCCCCCCCCACCCAGCAGUCCCUCGAAGCCCUCAGAGGAGGCAGACUCAACGCCAGAGGUCUCGACUCAGCAGCUGAACGGCAGCUCAGCAGCCUCCGCCAUCGGCCAGCCCUUGGAGCUGGCCCAGCCAAUCCCGUGUGCCUUAGCCAGCAGAGACAACCAAUCAGAGGGGGUGGAAGUGGAGGCCCCCUGUUGCCUUGACGACUGCCCGUCUGACGGAGCGCUACAGAAGGAGGAGUGAUGGCAUCCUACCCAGGAUGCAACGCUCUCAGAGAGUUAUCUGUGUUCGACUGCCUUUCCCCUGUUUUUGUAGCCCCGUCUGCUAGCUGUGUACUCACUCACCUGGAGCAGGAAGUGAUGCGGAGCUGACCUUCGCCUUACUUCCUCCGCCAAGUGAUAGACUGAGGCAGCAAGCCGUUGCUCCCUUUUAUUUUACUCAUGUGGUUUUAAACAGUUUUAUGAAGAAAGGGUUUCUCCAUGAGUCCGUAAGCCCCCCAAAACUAUCCCGCAAGGGAAAAAAAAGCAAAACCCCUCCUCAAACGUCACAGUUUCCCCCUCAGAGCUUAAAGCUUCACCCCACCCCACCACCCCAGUCUCCACGUUCGUACACUUUCUUGUGUGUUUAAUGGUCCCUUUGUUUAAGUCGCUGCACACUGACGUAACGUUUGCGGCGGCUGAUCGCAUUGUUUUUUUGUUUUGUUUUUCUUUAAACAGCUGCUAAGCAUGGUCGCCAUAGUCGGUCGUGGUGUGUCUUUGUGCCCUGUUGCCAUAGUGAUCACAUCGGUUUUGUCUGAGAGGAAUUAGGAAUAUGACUCUUGCUAUGCGGCAAUGUUUUAAACACAGAUGUACCUUUUUUUUUUUCUGUGCAGUGACACCCCCCUACCCCCACUACAAACACACACACAUAAAGAGUAUUAGCAUGUGUGCUAGCAAACCCCCUCUCCCUUAUAUAGAUUGAUUGGUUAUCACUGGAGCACUUCAUGGUAAUAGUGUGCUAUCUUAUUUUGACCUAUGUAGCAUAGCCUAAUGCUUAGAUGUGCUGAGAGACCCCCUCCCCCCCUCCAAGAAUUUAUGCACCUUAAGCCCUAAAGUAUGCAAGAUUGUCCCCUCCCCAGUUGUCCUUUUUGUCCCAAAGCUUUGAUUGUAUUAACCCAGCAAAAGCACUUAAUGUUGUAUUUUAACGAGUCCGAAGAAGCCCCUUUACGGUUGAAUCGACGUUCUGUCAGGGCCGUCCCCUGCUCCUGAAUACAUCUUUAUGACACGUAGAAGUACGUUUUAAAGGUAGAGAUCUAUUUGAGAGACGUCAGAAUGUGAACAGAGUGGUUCAGCACUUUGUCUUUAAAAUAUUCAACCACACUGGACAGUCCUUUACCAGAUGAAAUGGAAAUAAACCUAAACUUUCAGGCACCUUCUUGACUUUAGGCCAAAAAAAAAAAAAAAAAAAAAGAAGACAAAUAUUGUUUCCCAGAUACGGAUGGAAGUAGAGGCUGAGAGUUUGAGGGAGCUGCUGCCAAGCAGCGUUCCCUUCAGAAACUCAUGGUCAGUCAAGAACUUUGCAAUGAAGCAAAAAAUGGGUCGCCACUCCUGCAAACCAUUUCAAAUCACUGAAAGUUCCUAUCCAAAGUGUACGUCAGUAAGGCCUGCCGUUCGAGGCGGCUAGCCAUUUAAAAAAUGGGCGCAGUAGCAAUUCCUUCCAGGUCCCACCAUCCCUCAGCUUGGAGCUGCUGGCCUGCAGAGCUCUGAUGAGAUAUUUUAGACCAACAGGAAGCUUCUCACUGCCCCUAAGUCCUCCCCACAAACACGACAGAGACUCUGUGAGCUGCAUCUAAUGACAGGGAGGUGCGCUGCUCCCACCCUGAAACUUUUAACGUAUGGAAAAGUUUUAAAUUAGAGCACUUAUGUUUAUAGACAAUGAAAUGUGCCCUCCUGCUCCCCCAUUGACCCUACAGUUGAUCUCAUCUGACAAGAGAUCCAGAAGUAGAACGCAAUUCAAAAGAAAUGGAGCUGAGAGAUGACGGCCAAGAUUAUUUUUGAACUUCCGAACUUUGAAAAAUUGACAUGAAAAAAGGCAAGUCAGCUAGAAGCACCUUAUUUUCUUACUAUAUAAAUGACUUGUGCUCAAUCGUGUGCCACAACCGUUACAAAGAAGAAGCUCUUCUGAAGGAAAUAAAAACAAAUCGACCUUGACUGUACGCAUUAUUGUAGUCAUCUCAGACAUCUCCCUCUGUUCUGAACUCGACCAUUUACCAGUGACACAAUUUAACCCGGCCGUGAGCGUAGGCCUACGCUCGUAGGCGGGGCGUUGGGCUAGCGUCACCGCCUUUUAUACCAACUCCAAAUGAAUCCAGAGGUACCGGCACGUCAGCCAUUAUUGGCAGGAACUCGGCACACGAGGUGCUGUAGGUGUCUGUAAAAAGUAAGAUAGCAGCAUCCGGGCCUAACUGGACCGUAAAGCACAGACACAGAGACUAGACUAGAUAAUAGAGCUCCACUUGCCGAAUACUAAGUCUAGGUUUUCUAGGAGACAUAAUGCGUAACCGCUUUCAACUUUUGACAUUAGUACAGCUAAGAUGUAAAGAUGGCUUUUGUUUUUUUUUUGUUUUUUUUUCUGUGGCGAGCCAGAGUGUAAUCCGUUCUACACGAUACCCUCUCUCAAUUUGCUCGCCACAGCACACACUGAUAUUAAAACACACACUCAUUCACCCACACACCACAUUCACACAGGUAUCAGUUGCUUUCUCUCUGCUUUCGUGCUGAAGUUUUCUUUUUUGUGUGUGUGCGUGUGCAGCAGUCGAGUGGUCGUCAGUUCAUCGGAGAUCCUUUGGUUACAUGUUCUGACUUAAAAUAUAUCCCACACAGACGAGUUUGCACAAACAGGAAAACGGAAAACCGCGACACGCUGAAAGUGUCAGGUCGGCACGCAGACAAACAACUGCACACACGCAGCACACUGAUUACGACACACAGAUACAUAUAGAUGUUAAACUAUAGUUAGUAUGGUAAAAAAAAAAAAGAAUCAACACAACACAUGAUGUAGUGUCCCGUUUUUGUCCUUGUCUGUUUUAGUUUGAUAGAUAUCGAUCAAUAAGUUGUUUUUCUCUCCUCGUUAUUCUAACAGCCCAACCCUCCUUUUGUUAAGAUGCCUUUUUUUAUUUUUCCUCAACUCCCCCUUUAUUUACUACUUUUCUCUGCCUCAAACGCUCCUCGUUCCUCAGAGGAGUACAUCCAUCCUCACACUCAUACUCACAACCCCAUUUAAAGCAUUCACACACAAACACAAAUAUAACACACACAGCCUCUAUCCCCACAUUUCUCUCUCUGAUUCUGUUAGCCCUUUAGAAAAGGUUUUCUUCUUUUAUCCCCCUUUUCUCUCUUCUCUCUGGGCUGCCCCGCCCUUAAUCAACCCGAUUAACAGUAAAGGUUAUAUUAACGUUGAUAAUCAGUUUCUUUAUGUAUCUAGCCAGAGUGGAAAGAAAAAAAAAUCAGAAAAAAAAUCAAACUGUUUUAUUCAAUUGUGCAAAUGUGUUUUUCUUACUAUUUCUAAUGGUAUUACAUCUCUCUAAUCUUAACCUUCUACCAUCGCUUCAGUUAGUACUGAAAUACGCUUAGCCAACCUAGAGAUUUGAACUGUAAUGAUUGCCAUUCUCCUUACCUGUAUCUAUAUGGCAUCUUUAGACCACUUCACCGUUUAUGUAUGUGAGUAAGUAUUGCCCGCUUUAUCUCGAAUUGAAAAUCGUCGUCUGCAUAAUGUUUGAUUCUUACGAUAUCCCUAAAGGAAAAAAAGAAAAAAAAAGAUUUAUCUCAUAAUCAGUCCAAGCUGAACUCUCUGCACCCUUGCACAAAGCAGCAAAACAUCUCUUGUGAACAUCUGAGAACCAAAGCACGCCUUGCAAUCCCCCAACCCCCAUUCCCCUCUCUAAAAGAAAAACGCCCCUAAACCCCAAUGAUCCACCUGAAAUCAACAGCUGCCCCCCCACCCUCAAGUAACGAGUUUUUGGAACAAUAAAAGGAAUAUAUUUAAAUAUUUUACAGCACGUGUGAUUUAUCUGACGAGUAUGCGAGUUUAGCGGUGGCGGUCACAGAGACGCAGACGGACCGGAGCCACAAGUGAGCAAACAUAUGAGGCAGGUCUGGACCCUAAUGGCUAAUAGUUAAAAGCUCUCUCUGUUCGUUGACUGAAAAAAGGCUUUGAGCUGCUAGGUCUGAGCGGUUCUACACAAACACACAGAGAAGGUAUGACACAAACGCCUCUGGUUCUACUGGGGGGUUUUGAUGCUCUUUUUGAGGAUUUUCCUUUUUUCUUUCUACAUAUUUGUUUUGUUUUCUCCUACUCACGUUAGUUUUUUGGCUGAAGCUCACUGAGCGUCCUCAUGCUGUAAGGGAUUAAUAACGCCGUCAACAGAGGCUGAAUUUUCCCACAAGCACAUAUAUGCUACUCCCCCAAAAGUUAGACACUCAACAAUCGGCAACAAACACGGCGCUACUUUAAAAUAACACUAUUUUCUUUUAUGAUAAAACAAACACUGACAGCAACGGGUUGAUCCAAGUUGCUGCACCCACUGAUCUUUUUCAUACCUGUUGUAAAAUCAUAAAAAGGGCUGAAGUCAUGUUUGUUCAGCUCAAUAAAAUAGCAUCUAUGUUCUCCAUCAAUUAAAGUAAAACAUGUCUUUAGAACCUUUUCAUACAGUUUUACUAAUUAGGAAAUUUGCUAAAUUUAACUUUCAUUAUUGUAUACAUGUAAACAGGAUUUUAUGGUCUUUAGAAAAGUAUUAAUGGAAAACCAGUGAUGAUCAUUUGUUUACUUUUGAAGCAGAAUAAUUACAUCUUUCUAAAAUGUCACCUUGAUUAUUAUUGAUUGAAUAGAUUUCAACUCGUAAACCAAACAGAAAAAAAUGGCAGGAAAACAUUUCCAAUCUGUUCUUAAAAGAACGUUUUCAGAGAAAGGCAAUAUUUGGUGUUUAAUCAGUCGGUGUAUUAGUUCAGGGUCACGUCACAUUGCACUUUGUCUUUUAAAGAGGGGAAAAAAACAGCAACAGGUGGGGAAGGGUCAGUGAGGUGUUAUUUAUGACACACAAAGUCAGAAAAAAGUGUCACUUUCUUAUCCAAAUGACUUGAACUCAAAACAUUGUUUGGGUUGGAAAUUGUAUCUUUAGUUUUCUUAGUCGUUUUAUGAACUUCAAAGCCCCGAUAUACUUAAGGCAUUGAUGGGGGAGUGCUAAUCUGUUGCUUUAGGGAAAAUCCACCAUCCUUUUAAUUUAAAGGUGUAGUUAAACCUGGGUGCCUCUGCCCACACAGAUGGGAGCAUCUCAUAAGAGCUCAGCCUUGAGAGGAGAACUAAGCCUUGGGUCAAGAAUGUAAUGUCAUCUAUUGUAGAAAGGAAUCAGUAUUACUGAGUGUUACACAGAGCCGCCCCUCCAGGAACUGAACCUGUCCUGAUCUGUUGAUUCUCACUGCUUCUUGUCUGGUUCCAGUAAAGACCCUUCACUCCUGUCGGUCGGUCUGUCUGUUUCUACACUGCCACUCCCUCCCAGCAGCACCCUAAGACCCAUCCCCUGCCCCUCCUCCCGCUACCGUUUCAACUUUCCCAGUCAGGCUGAUCGUUUCUCGUCAUUUUGGUCAAUUUUCAGCAGCGUGUGUCCUGAUGCAUCCGUACCUAUAACCACCCAAAACUACCUGUGCAGCGAAAAAA